GAUUGGCGGGUGAUGAUACUCUCUCUCCGGUGAAGAAUCUGAUGAGGAGGAGAACGCGUGAGGAAGACGAAGAGGAGGACGAGUCAAUUAUUAUUAGAGGAGACGCACUUAAUGGAAGAAGAAAGCUAGAUUAGGUUCUGACUAGUCACCAAACACCAACUUGCUCUUUAAUGGGCUUUAUUAAGCCCAUUUAAUAGUAUUAAGCCCAAUGUAACUUUUCGAAAUUUGAAUUUGACAGUAAGUCUCUUUAUAUUUCGCUCAGCGCUAAACCAACAAGCAAGAGAGACGGAGGAGAUGAAGGGAGGAGGAGAGAAGAAGAUGACUCUAGAAGAGUACGUUGAUUACUUCAACUCUGGAAAGUCCAUCGACUUCACUUGCUCAUACCUCAAUCAGAUCCUUCAUCUGCACGGUUUCCGAAAGCUUCACCAUUCGACUAAGAAAACUGUUGGCGAAGCCGUAGACGCAGUGGAGCUGCUAGAUCUCUCUCGCUCGACUCUGAAUCAAACCACACUCUCCUCAUCGUCAGCUUCCCUGACUCUCGAUCAAGUGAUAAGCGAUAUCGAAGCUCUCAAAUUGCAGGAAUGCUGUAUCACCUCUCUCCAGAUCAUCAGUUCAGAUGAUAGUAGUACUCGAGCAGUGGCCAAUCCGAAAGAGCGAUCGAACAAGAGAAAGAAGCAAGGAAACGAAAAGAAGAUGAUGAAGAAGAAGAGGAAUGUUAAGAGCAUCAGAUCUGUGAAUGAAGCAGCAGCUGAAACCUCAUGCUCGUCCUAAACCACUCUCUGGAUGCUAAAAUCUGCCGUUUACUUGUCGCGCAGUAUGAAUUUAACAAUUGUCGACCUGAGAUAGAGGUAUAUGUAUGAAGAGAAUUAUGAUUUCGUUUUACCUACUGUGUUAGACUUACAUGUUUAGUCGUAGACCAAUUGGGGCAUCAAUAUUGAAUUCUGGGUGGUACGGAUUUAUUUUUUGUAUUAUGAGUAUCUGCCCGACGACAUCUGCACAAUGAUUAUGAGUUAGAAUAAACAUCCAUAUUUGUUUAA